AUGACUAAAGUCAAUGUUAAAGUGGUGGCUGCCGAGUCGUUGUAUAAACGUGACGUUUUCCGGCAGCCCGAUCCGUUUGCUGUAAUCACCGUCGAUGGUGACCAGACAAUUACUACCAAGACCGCCAAGAGAACAUUAAACCCGUACUGGAACGAAUCGUUCUUGCUCAAUGCUUCCGAAGACUCCAUUUUGGCAAUCCAGGUGUUUGACCAAAGAAAGUUCAAGAAGAAGGAUCAGGGGUUCUUGGGUGUGGUUAACGUGCGUGUGGGCGAUGUCAUUGAUUUGUCCAUGGCUGGCGCCGAGGAGACCAUUACCCGAGACUUGAAGAAGUCCAAUGAAAACUUGGCCGUCAGUGGCCGUGUCAUUAUUGUGUUGAGUUUUAGCUCGGGAAAUGCUACUGCGCCUGCCACUAACGGCUCGGCUCCCGCCCAGAGAACAGCUUCAAACGUUCGUAACUCAACUGCUAACCCUGCUCCUCGUGUUUCCGAACCGGCCGCUUCUGCUGCUCCUCCAAAUGGAGCUACCGGAAAUGAACAAUUCACCAAACAGUAUUCUUCGUUCGAAGACCAGUUCGGAAGAUUACCGCCCGGUUGGGAAAGAAGAACCGAUAACUUCGGCCGUACCUACUAUGUUGAUCAUAACUCCAGAACUACCACCUGGGAAAGACCUACCCUAGACCAGUCCGAGACUGAAAGAGGCCAACAAAGAGAGAACCAUACUGAGGCUGAGAGAAGGCAACACCGUGGAAGAACCUUACCUGGUGAGACUCCACAAUCUCCAACCUUGGGCUCUUCAAACACAUCAUCUACAAGCGGUAAUGUCACGGUGAACUCCACCGGUGCCAACACUCCUGUCAGUCCGGCUGCUGCUGUGUCCAUGGCUGCAACUGGUGGCACUACUAGAGGUUUGGGUGAGUUACCUACCGGAUGGGAACAAAGGUUUACUAAUGAAGGCAGGCCUUACUUUGUCGACCACAACACAAGGACGACUACCUGGGUUGAUCCUAGAAGGCAGCAAUAUAUUCGUACCUUUGGUCCUAACACCACUAUUCAGCAACAGCCUGUCAGUCAAUUGGGUCCAUUGCCCUCCGGUUGGGAAAUGAGAUUGACUAACACGGCCAGAGUCUAUUUUGUUGAUCAUAACACUAAGACUACUACCUGGGACGACCCUAGAUUGCCUUCCUCCUUGGACCAAAACGUUCCACAAUACAAGCGUGACUUCAGAAGAAAGGUUAUCUACUUUAGAUCUCAGCCAGCAUUGAGAAUCUUGCCUGGUCAAUGUCACAUCAAGGUUAGAAGAGAUCAUAUCUUUGAGGACUCUUACCAGGAGAUUAUGAGACAAACUCCUGAGGACUUGAAGAAGAGACUCAUGAUUAAGUUCGACGGAGAAGAAGGUUUGGAUUACGGUGGAGUUUCCAGAGAAUUCUUCUUCUUGUUGUCACACGAUAUGUUCAACCCAUUCUACUGUCUUUUCGAGUACUCGAGUCAUGACAAUUACACAUUACAGAUCAACCCUAACUCGGGCAUUAACCCUGAACAUUUGAACUACUUCAAGUUCAUCGGUAGAGUUGUUGGCUUGGGUGUCUUCCACAGACGUUUCUUGGAUGCUUUCUUUGUUGGUGCCUUGUACAAGAUGAUGUUGCGCAAGAAGGUCAACUUGCAAGAUAUGGAAGGUGUUGACGCUGAAUUCUACAGAUCUUUGCAAUGGAUUCUUGACAAUGACAUUACUGAUGUUCUUGACUUGACAUUCAGUGCUGAGGAUGACAAGUUUGGCCAGAUUGUUGAGGUUGACUUGAAGGAAGACGGAAGAAACAUCGAAGUUACCGAGGAGAACAAGCACGAGUACGUCGAGUUGAUCAGUGAAUGGAAGAUCCACAGAAGAAUCGAGUUGCAAUUCCAAGCAUUCAUUGACGGUUUCAAUGAAUUGAUUCCACAAGAGUUGGUGAAUGUGUUUGAUGAGAGAGAAUUGGAGUUGUUGAUUGGUGGUUUGGCUGAGAUUGAUGUUGAAGACUGGAAGAAGCAUACUGAUUACAGAGGAUACCAAGAGACUGACCAGGUUAUUCAAUGGUUCUGGCAGUGCAUCAAGGAGUGGGACUCCGAACAAAAGGCCAGAUUGUUGCAAUUCACUACUGGUACUUCUAGAAUUCCUGUCAAUGGUUUCAAGGAUUUGCAAGGUUCUGACGGUCCAAGAAGAUUCACAAUUGAAAAAGCCGGUGAGCCUAACCAAUUGCCUAAAUCUCAUACCUGUUUCAACAGAGUGGACUUUCCACCAUACACAUCUUACGAUAGCAUGAAACAGAAACUCACGCUUGCAGUGGAGGAGACCAGACAAGAUUACCAAUCAGACGAAAUAAAAAUGCCAGAUCUCUUUGACAACUUCUUCGGUAAAGUGUCUGCCAAGUUGAACGGCGGCAAGACCACUCCAUUCUAUGGUGGUUCUUCACAAGUGAACACCGGUCCCUUCUAUAGCUACCACAUGAACGGCACCAAUAACAAGUAUUGGAUGACGGACAAGGAGAUGGAAGAGUCCCGCAAGAAUGCUCAGGAAUGGCAGAAGUUUAGCCAGACCAAGGCGAGAAUGGGCUCUGUGGGCUCGAUGGAGUCGCGGGACUCUGAAGACCAAUCCCGUAAGAAUAGUGUGGCUUGA